UGUAUCAUUCAACUAGAGCCAGCCGUAGCAAUCACUGGAAUCGCCUCACUGGAAUGUCGUAAUUUGCUGGCGUUGGGCUAACUGGCUGAAGCAACUGCGUUGAAUGGGGCGUUGUCGCGUUUCAAGAGUAUGAAGAAGUCAAUUCGGCAGUCGUUCCGACGGAAGAAGAAACCAGCACAGGUAAAAUUAAAGACGAAUGAAUUGAAUGCUACUGCUGCCUCAAAUCAGACGGAUGAAGAUGAAGCGGGUUGUUCGUAUGACGAGGUGAAACCAGUGGAAAGGGCGAUCGUAUCGCGUUCUGAGACGCUACCGCUGAAUGCCGGUGACCCGCUGCAGUCGUGUGUUCGUGUGUUGAAGUUCUAUCAUGCGAACAUUAUUUCAUCAACAUCGGGAACGGAUAGUCUAUGGGUGGGAACGAAUUCAGGUGAUUAUUCAUUUUUUAUUGAAGGCAUUAUAUUGGUGUAUGCAAUAGCAGAUGACGCGAUAAAGCCCGAGGAUGUUUGUGUGUUAAUUAAAGAGAUACGAUUACAGCAUAGAGCACCGAUAAUUGAUUUGAAUUGUGUCAACUCAGAUGGUUCAUCGCUUGUUAAGGGUUCAUCAGCAGGUGCGCAACGCUUGCUGGUAUGUAGCGAAGAGCAACUGAAGACGUUCUCAUUACCGUUAAUGAAAGCGCAACGAUUCAAAUAUAAGCUGACGGCGACCGAGGGAUCGAGGAUUCGUAAAGUGGAGCUGUUAACGUUGAGGAGCUUGAUUGAUCGGAAGGUGUAUGAAAAGUUCGUGGCAGUUAUCACGAAUCAAGGCGAGUUGCUGUUGUUUGCGGCAGCAUCAUUGAAGCGACUUGCAAAAGCCAACUUUACAAAGGUAAUUGAAUUUGAGGUGAAUGAUGUGGUGGGUAUAUCGUCGACAGUGGUAUCGCAGCAAGGAGAGCUGUUUUUUUUGCGGGCGGGUGGAAGCGAAUUCGAGAGAGCCUCGCUGAGCGCAUACCAGCAAUCUCAUUUCCUGCAGCAACAUAACUUUUGA